AUGCUUUCUAAUGAAGAGUUUCAAAUUAUACAUGACCUUGUUGAUCUUUUAUAUCUAUUUAAUAAAGCAACUAAGAUUCUAUCAGGUUCUAAUUAUGCUAUUUUGUGUAUUAUAGUACCAACAAUUGAAGAAUUAAUUAAUUGUUUAAAUCAGACAAAUAGUGAAUCUGAUAUUAUAAAUGAAGUAAAAGAUAUCAUUCUUGAUAAUUUAUCAAGCAGAUGGUCAUUACUAUAUGAAUAUGGCUUAUAUGCAUCUUUUCUCGAUCCAAAAUUCAAAAACCUAUCCUUUCACUCUAGUUCAUUACAAAGACAAACUAUUGAAAAACUAAAAGAUCAAUUUAAUAAGCUAAAUAGGCAAAUUAAUCAAGCAACAACUUCUAAUACAAGUUCAACAGAACAAAUUACAAAAAAAAAAUCUGCUAUAAAAAGUUUUUUUUCAUCAAUUUGA